AUGCCAAAAGUCAUUGGUUACACUCCUCCAUGGCUAUCACGCCCUUCGCCAGGUGCAAAAAUAUUCUCGGACCCUGCACCUCAAUCGCCUGCUUCUCCUUCGAAACGCUCCUCUUAUCUUGGUACGCCUUCUUCUACGAAAUAUCAAGGACCGAGAAGACUUGUCGCCAGCAGAGGGACAGAAGUCUUUACCGUCGUGGGCAAUAAGAUCCGAUGGGCGGACCUUGCAACUGUCAGAGAUGAAUGGGAGGAGAGCACGCAGGCCAGGAGCAAUCGAUUUGGUCCUGCAAGGACUGGAGUUGCUCAGGGUGCAGAAGAGGAUGUCUACAGGACUCUUGACGUAUCCAUCUACUAUCAAAUUCGACAAAUAACUAUAUCUCCCUCGGGCAUAUUCCUUGCUGUCUGCACAGAACACACAGUACACAUCGCAGUAUUGCCCCCGUCCUCACGGCUGAGGGACCAUGACCGCUCACCGCUGAAACUCAAAACAUACCAACUUGGCCCUACCAUCCAUGUCAUUCCCGAGUCUCCUCUAUCCGCCGUUUUGUGGCACCCACUGGCGGCGGCUGGUGCUUCAAACGACUCAAUCGUGACUGUUACUGCCUCAGCCGCUGUGCGAGUGUGGGAAUUGGAUCGGUCCAACAAAUGGUCAUUUGAACGCCCGUAUCUCGCCAUUGAUCUGCGAAAGCUGGCGGAUGGUGUAUCAUGUGACCAGGACUUUGAGCCGUCAGCCUUUGGGAAGGCUCGUGGCUUUUCAGUGGAUGACUUUGACAUGGAAGUAUCGGCUGCUACCUUUGGCGGUCGAGGUCGGGACGACGAAGAUGCGUGGGCAAGCAUGACGCUCUGGGUCGCCAUGAGGAAUGGGGACAUAUACGCUCUGUGUCCAUUGCUACCUUCGAAAUGGAAGCCCACAGCGACAACCAUUCCUUCUUUAUCCACGACCGCCGUUUCUCGCAUGGCAUCGAUAGCGGGAGAAGAGGCGGACAUGGAUGAGCGACGAGCAGCGGACCAGCAAUAUGAAUGGGUCCAAGAAAUUGACAGCGAUGAGCCACUGUUGAUGGAGUCAACCGAUAGCCUCAGUGAAUGUGAGAUCCGACUACGACCACAGAAUCCAAGCGCUAUUCCACGCCUGCAAGGCCCGUUCGCCAUUCAACCAGAGGAUGAUGACAAGGACAUUGAGAUCUCGGACAUUUUUGUUAUGCCCGCCAAGCUGGACGGAGAGGAUCUGAUGGGUGGAGAAGAUCUCUACGACGACUUCGACCUCGCCGCAUACACUGGGGUCCCCUUCACGACAAUCUGUGUGGCAACGCCUCAGAACGAACUUUGGUUCGCGAUUGAUCUUGAUGGAGUGUCGGGACAGUGGCUUCCAAAAAAAGGCAAAAGCGCGUUCAGUGUACCCACAUCAGAUGCAAAAGAAUUGACUCUGAUUGAGACAUUCGCUGUCAAUGAUUCCACAACCGACUCAGGAACAAACUGGCCAAUGUUUACUGGGGACAUCGUUCACAACUAUAACGUAUUCUUGACCACUUCGGCCCAGAUCUACUCGAUUUUUCUCAAUGACUGGGUGACACGACUUGCCGCCGAACUGACCGGGACGGAGCCUAUCGAUCCGGGUCUGCAGAUGCGGCUGGAGACCAGUUGUCAAAGUCAAGUUUGUCAGUUGAACAAAGUGAUUGACAUCCCAGAACCAACGGAAGUUCUUUCUGCUCCGGCAGUUCUCGAUGAUAUAUCCCUGGGGUACUUUCUCCUAACAACGACGCCUUCUUCGGCGUACGCAGUCUUCUUCGAUCAGGCACACCUUCGGGCCUCCUUCAUCGAACCAUCCUCCCUUGAGCUCACGGCGACCUCCCCAACGCGUCUGAACACUCAGGUAGCUAGAGUCAGCGCCGGCGAAGAUUCAAACGAACUUGAGACCCUGCCGACUAGGUCACCGUACGUUCCGGCCAAGAUCUUCUAUGCCAACCACCUCUACCCCCUGGAGUACAUGAGACAGCGACUACCAGCCAACCUCAAGCGGGCGAUAAUCGAAAAGCCGAUGCGCCUCAGUCCGGCCAUGUUGGAGGUAAUGACUAACGCCCAUCGCACGAUUGGUGCACAAUCUGCAGAAAUGGAGAAGGCGGCAGCAGAGCUUUUCCGCCGUUGCGAUCGCCUCAGAGAGGAACUUGGUGAUCAAGUCAAGCAAAUGAGCGAACUGGCGCAGAGAUUACAGAAUCUUCGACCGAGCGGAGAUGUAGACGAGGACGGGAAUGCCAAGGAGAAAAAGACCCACGACGCCAGACUCCAGGAUGCAAAGGACAAACAAGCAAGGUUGAUGGCGCGAUACGAAGCUCUAAGAAGAAAAGUCGGACGGGCUGGAUCUGCCAAGCGAGAGCUGAGUUCGAAAGAAAAGGCUUGGAUCGAGGAGGUCGACGUUCUAGGGAAGAACGUCGGCGUCGAAGUCGAUGAGCAGGACGUGGAGACACAUGAGGAGGAAAACGCUAGACUGGACAAGAGGUUUGAGACUGUCAAACAACUUGCCCACGACCUCCUGGAGGAAAGCAAGCGGCUGGAGAAGCAACAGCAGGAAACAGCAUCGACCCUCGAGCGUGGCGAUUCGGCAGUGACAUCCGCAAUGUCGGCGUCUACCAUGUCCAACGGCUCCAUGGCUGGUUCGAGGUAUAGCAUUUCUGCUUCUGGCUCGGCGCAACCAUUCGGUGUCCCAAGCCGACUGCAAAAGGAGCGCAUCGCGGAUGUCAUGGCCAUGGUGGAACGCGAGGGCGCUGUCAUUGACGCUGUCAUGAAGCGGCUCGAGCGGCUCAAGGUCGAGUAUUAG